AUGACAAAGAUCAUCCGUUCAAUAUGGAUAGACGAAAGGAUACCGGACUCGUGGAGACACGCUAUCAUAAUUCCCCUCCACAAGAAGUUAUCCGUCACGAACCCUAAGAAUUAUCGAGGAAUCUCUUUGCUGCGUGUUAUGUACAAGGUAUUGGAGCACAUUAUCGUGGACCGACUUAUUAAACAUCGCGAAGAAACAACGCGCAACGAGCAAGCUGGCUUUCGUCCUGGCCGAUCUACGAUUGACCAGGUGUUCAUCAUCAGGAGAGUGGUCGAAAUCCGGCAGCGGUAUUCAAAGAAAAUGCAAUCAGCGUUUCUGGACUUUGAGGCCGCAUUCGACUUUGCUCACCGAGAUCGUCUUCUCAACACGCUUCGCGCCGAUGGAGUACCAGGAAAGUUUGUUCGCUUGGUUGAUGACAUGAAUCAACGAACAACUGCUGCAGUUCGAACACCAGCCGGAUGUGCAACACCGUUUGAGGUGGUAACUGGAGUAAGACAAUGGGCAGUGGCAGGAUCCUUCCAGUUCAAUUUCGCCAUCGAGCACAUUAUGCGAAGAGCAGUAGAUCAGUGUCCCGCCGAUAUCAUUCUAGCACCAUCAGGACCCCCUUGA